GUCUUUGGAGAUGGCUCCAAAAACUCACCUUACAAGAGAGAAAAGAUCCACAAGGCUCAAACAGAAGCUGCAAACAGGACUCAACACCCCAAACCUUUCUAUCCUAUGCAACCUUCUACUCCUUUGGAAAGGGACUUAGAAAGGGACUUGGAAAGGGAUUCGUCUACUUACACCUACCCACCCCAAAUGUUACUUGGGGAAGAGAGGUCAGAUGUGGGGUGGGAAUAUAUAAAUGCUAAAAUGAAUAACAACUUCUCGAAUGAAAAGGCUUUGCCACGGUAUAUUAUUUUGUUUAGUGUUUCCAGUACUAUUAUCGGUGACUGACAGGAUACUGAGGAAAUACUUUCUAAAACUUACUAAGAAUCCGUAGGAAACAUUGUGAUUAUCUUACACGACGAAGCAACUUGUGAACAAUUUCCGCUGUACAAAUUUAUAGGGGGCAUCAAAAGAAAAUGGCGGACGAUAAUGAUCCCCAGAUAUAUAGGUUUCAAGACUGUGAAACAUCACCAGACUCUUUCUAUGACUAUUCACCAAGUAUUAGAGAUAACACUGUCCCACUUAUUAUUGAUAAUGGUGGUCAUUGUUGCAGGGCAGGAUGGGCAAUCGACAAUAAACCAAGAUUAAUUUUCAGAAACCUGGUAGCAAAGGCAAGAGGAAAAAAGGAUGGUGAUGCGUCAGGAACAAGUUACUCUGUUGGGAAUGAUAUUGGGAACCUUGAGAUGGUCAGAUGGGCCUUGCGGACUCAAUUUGACAGAGAUGUGGUGACACAUUAUGAGUGCCAGGAGCAAGUCUUUGAUCAUAUCUUCAGUCAUCUUGGAAUCAACACACCAGGAAGUGUCAAUCAUCCUAUUGUUCUGACAGAACCAGUUUGUAACCCUAACUACUGCCGACAAUCCAUGUCUGAGCUGUUGUUUGAGUGUUACAAUGUUCCAAGUGUGGCUUAUGGAAUUGACAGUCUGUUUAGUCUAUAUCACAACUUCCCAGUUACAGAUGAAACCACUGCAUUAGUAGUGUCAUCUGGAUGUCAAGUCAGUCAUGUCCUACCAGUGUUGAAUGGAAGACUGGAUGCCAGCAACUGUAAGAGGAUUAACCUGGGCGGAGCUCACGCCACAUGGUACAUGCAAAGACUGUUACAGUUGAAACACCCACAUCACGCCACACAGAUCACACUCUCAAGAGCACAGGAAUUAGUUCAUGGCCACACCUCCAUGGCCACAGAUUACUCCAAGGAGCUUGAUGAGUGGGCAUCGUCUGAUUAUUAUGAUGAGAAUGUGCAUAAAAUUCAGCUGCCAUAUGCUCAGGCACCUCAGAACAGUGGGCCAAAGAGUGAAGAAAAAGAAAAGCUAAGGAGGCAGAAACAAGGAAGGAGAUUACAGGAAAUAAAUGCCAGAAGAAGAGAGGAAAAGCUCGCAGAAGAAGAAGACAGACUACAAGAUCUUAUGAAUAUUCAGGAACUGGAACUUGAAGAUAGUGAGGAAUUCCAGAAAGCGUUAACUGCAGCAGGGUUCCAGAGUCCUGAGGCAUUGCAAGCUGCAAUAAAGAAUCUGACAUCCUCAGUUAAGAAACGAAAGGACAAGAUUGUAGCAAUGCAGACAGCUUUGGAAUUGGACUCUGAGGUCAAGGAAAAAGACGAAAUCAUAGACGUUGUAUCUGAGCCACCGGUCGAAAACAAAAAGAGACAGCGGACACCCAAAGGAGCGACUGCGGCGGACGAGAAAAGCGGGAAGAGAUUAAGGGAAGAUAAGAAACAAGAAAUGCAACACAAGAGCCACGAGGAAGUACAGAGAGAGGAAACCUUUAAAACAUGGCUAACGGGUUUACACAGGAGGAGAAAGGAAAUACUUGACGCCCGUCAACAGCGCGUUCAACGAAGGGAGGAGUUAGCAAGCAGACGAAGUCACGCGUCUCUUGAAAGAAUGAGGAUUUUGUCUCAGCUGGCGUAUGAUCCCAACGUUCGUGACGAUGGUACGACAAGAAGUACACACAAGAAACCAAAAGAAGAUACUUUUGGACAAAACGAUGAUGAUUGGAUGGUGUAUAGAUCCAUUAAUAAAGAUGCUGGUGACUCCGAUAGCGAAAAGGAACAGGAAGAACUCAACGAGUUGGAAAACUUGCUGAAGAAACACGAUCCCGACUUUUCAAAACGUUUUGGAGGCAAACCGGAAACCGCUGUUGACUGGGCAGAGUAUUAUCAACUACAUCUUGGCGUGGAAAGGAUAAGAGUACCCGAGAUAGUAUACCAACCAUCCAUGCUGGGCAUUGAACAAGCUGGGAUUGCAGAGACGAUAGAUUUCAUACUCAAUCACUACUCCGCAGAUCUACAAACAGCUCUAGUACAGAAAGUGUUUGUGACUGGAGGAAAUACAAAGUUUCUAAACUUUCAAGAGCGCUUGGAGAGGGAACUCCUUGCUAUCCGACCAUUCCAGUCAACAUUUAAAGUUUUCAAUGCAGUGAACCCUGUGCUUGAUGCGUGGAACGGAGCCCGUAAGUGGGCAAAGUCAUUAAACAGUCUGCAGGCAGUUAGUGUCACCAGGGAGGAGUACGACGAAAAAGGAGGCGAAUAUCUCAAAGAACACUUCGCUUCAAACCGUUACGUACCCACCCCUCUCCAGUCCUAAAGUAGAAUGUUCAACAAUAGCAACUCCACAUUCGUUUAAUAUACAGUACUUUAUUACCGAUAUUUGUCAGUUAACGUCCUCAUAGUUUCUCCUUGAAGGUCUUCAAAGACGUUAAAUAUCUCACUGGCAUUGUCUGCCGUGACAUCUCUCUAUUCUGAGCCAAGUGUGGCAUUCUUUAUAUCACCACUCACUUGUACAACGUGUCAGAGCGCAGAGGAAUUAUGUUUAAAAAGACCCUGUUGUGUAAAUACAUCGAUGUAAAUAAAUUGAAACAUGGCAAGA